GGCGCGCGGCGCUCCCGCCUCCCGCCCCUCCACUGCGGCGGACACGGCACGGGCGGCACCGCGGGACCGGCGGGGAGGUCCGGGCCGAUGGUGGGAGGCAGCCCCCGGCGGAGCCCGGCCGCACGCCAUGCCCUGGAGCGUCCGCUGGGUCGGCGGCUGCGGCGCCCAGUCCCAGAAGCAGUGCAAGAAAUCCUCCUUCGCCUUCUACCAGGCGGUGCGGGACCUGCUGCCCGUCUGGUUCCUGGAGGACAUGCGGACCAUGGAGGUGUUCCACUGGGAGGACGGGGGCAAGGUGAGCGUGUACUCGCCCUCGGAGGCGCUGCUCUACGCGCUGGUGCACGACCACCAGCCCUACGCCCGGCACCUGCUCACUAAGUUCCCCCAGAGCGCCCUGGCCGUGCCCAGCCAAAGCUUCAGCUGCUGCCAGUCGGCCCCGCACCUGGCCAUGGCCGUGCGCUACAACCGCGUCCGGGUGCUCUUCCGAAUCCUCAAGGCCAUCCAGACCUUGCCCCCGGGGGACAGAGCCGCCCACCUGGACCGCCAGGGCUGCAGCCGCGUGGAGGGCGGCAAAACAGCCCUGCACAUGGCCUGCGAACUGGUGCGGCCCGAGUGCCUGCUGCUGCUGCUGGGGCACGGCGCAGCGCCCUGCCUGCGGGACAGCGCCGGGAACACCCCCCUGGACACCCUGCUGCAGCAGAUCUCCCACAUGCCCGCUGCCAACAUGCGUGCCAAGCUCCUCUGCCUCGACUGCCUCUUCUUCUUCGUGCCUCAGGACCUCGAGUUUGCAAUGAAACAGCAACUGUUGGACAACCGGCGGCAGUGGCAGGACCUCCUGGGAGAGAACAGGUUCCAGUGCCUGGUGGGCUUAGCUCCUCCAUCGCUGUUUGUCGGAGCCAUGCGUGUCUUGAUCAGGACCAUUUCACCUGAGCACUUCCCAGAGGCUCUGGAUAAUCUGCCUCUGCCUCAUUUUCUAAAGCCUUUGGACUUGAAACUGGAGAGCUAGAGGGGUGGUAUGAGAGCCUCCUGCUCACCUGACAGAAACAGACUUGUGCUAAAAAUGUAUCAUUAUACAAAGCUGCUAAUGCAGUGGCCAAGUAUCUGUUUUACUGAGAACAGUAUUUUUUAAAAGAAUUGUAUCCGGCACUUUACAAUAUAUUUUAUUUAAAGAUCCUUGUGGUGAGGUGAGGGCCAUGCUGCAUUUUAUAAAGAUGUUCUAUGGCAUGUACAAAUGAGGGUAUGGGGAAGAACAUAUUUGUAAAUACAUACAAAUAAACUAGUGGCAGAUGUGAUC